UGAUCAAUUUUCGCGGCCUCGAACCCCACGUGGGCGUGCAUUUGUCGGCUCGCAAACAGACUAUUCCCACCUACCUUGCAUUUGGUUGGCUCGGAAGUGGCUUGUGGCUGCGUGAAAUUUGUGUUUGAUCAACGGCAAGCCUGUCUGACGUUCGCUGCUGAUAUCGUUACCGAUUGAUGGAAGUACUUUGGCUAUAGUAAAAAAUAACUUAUGAAGAUUUUCAGUUCCAGAUUAUAGAGCUUUUCCGCUUCUCUGGCCGAGUUUACCCGCAAGUGUUAUCGAUGUCACGGAUUGUUGGCUGUGAUAGUUUUUUCCGACGUCCUACGACUUUUGUUAUCAGUUGAGUAUGGAAAGCAGUGUCGAGCGGCCGAUUUCUCCGAGCGAUCGAAGCGAACCAGGGGAGAAACGAUCUGGUGAUUUCGAAGAGACGGUACCUCGUAAAAAGCGACGGAGAUGCGGUGGUUGUGAACCAUGUCUGAGAAAAGUAAAUUGUGGGGAGUGCAGCAAUUGUGUCAAUAGGAAAACUGGUCAUCAGAUAUGCAAGUUUCGUAAAUGCAUUGAACUUAAAAAGGUGCGAAUUAUGUGAACGAAUGUAUUGAUUCACGCUCGAAACUAACAGUCCUCGCGCUUGCAUUUGCGCUCAUGGCUUAUCAACUGUUAACUUUAAAACAUUUAAGUAAUAAAUUCAUUUUGUCUUUGCAGAAAACGACAACGGGCAUCGCUACGAAGCGAGACGGUGUUCAGUUGCGACAGGGUAUUAAUGAGAGCGACGCGUCUGAAAUCUUGCGUCGCGUGAGUAACGAGGAGCAAGAUAAGGUAAGAUAUUUCUAUAUACGUGUAGCUUAAAAUGAUUCUAUUCUGAUUUAGGCAAGGGAGACUUUCAUAUGUAAACGAAUAGGAGAGUUUUUGUUCCUCUGAGUUUGUGCGCGAGCAAUUUAUGCGAGCGUUGUUUGCUAAUAUCUUGUCUUUAUUGUUGUGGUUUGGAUUUUUUUUUCUCGAAGCGCUUUGGCGACAUCGUUGCAGAGAAUGAAACUAUCACGGAUGGCGAUUCUGGGGAAUCUAAACCGCAAAGAGCAGAUUCGCCUGCGAUAAUUGAGCAGAACGCCGUCGAAACUUCUCAGCUGCAGAACACAGAAAUCAACGCAUCUGACGAGCUCCCCAAAGACGUUCGUGUGAAUAUAACAGCAAGAGAUGUCGUGCAGCCUUCUAGUGCAGUUGAACCGAGCGUUGAAAAGCUAUUGACAACCAGCAAGCCAUCGGCUUCCCGCGGUGAGAGCGAUUUCGGACCCCCUUCUUGCAACUGCCCAGGUAUUUACAUAUUUUUUUCUUCUUGUAUUCUUAUUCAAAUCCAAAAGGUUUUAUUUACUUCCAGCCGGCGUGAAUAUUCCAUCCGCGACUGAGUCGAGUUCGACUAAUUUGGUUGAUCUCUUUUUUGGGGUGCCGCGAGCUCUAUUUACUUUCGUUUCGGCUUUUGUGGAUAGCGUGAGAUACGAAUGCCCAAGACGUGCUUUGUUUGAAGGUUUAAAUAAACCUAAUUGGGGAUUAAGACGGGUUGCUUGGAAUAAAAUUUAUUAAAGUGUACCCGAGCGGUACCAGCCCGAAAUUUGUUGACAUAAGCAUGAAAUUGAGAGCGGAAACCUUUAGGUUAGCCCACGGUGAAAUUUAUUAGUUUUGCACACGGAAAAUUACCCUAAACGUUAAAGAGGUUUUCUUAUCAAAAUUUUCAUCAGUAUCUUGUUACGAUAGAGAUCACCGUUUGUUUAUAUGUGUCGCAACCACCCGUCAAAACAGCCGCUUGCGUAUGUACACUACUGCGCCUUCAGCCAUUCAGCGUCAAGUUUUUGUACUAAUUCCUAAUCUGCCUAAACGACACACUCCUUUGAGCUUUCGCGAAAGUUUUUAAUUCACGUUAUCGGCCUAAAUCAUUAAAUCAUCAAAGACGCAACGUGAAAUGAACCGGCGCAAAAAGGUGGAAAAGAAAACAAAGAGGCAUACGUUACCCUUUGCUAAUGGCUUCGAACGUGGAAGUUGUCGGUUUCACGGCCUAUUGUUUGGUUUCUAAAUGAUUGAUGAGUGCUCCACUCCACACGUCUCACGGCACACAUUUGUCGAGACGCGUUCUCGAUUUUUGAGGGCAACAAUAGAAAUUAACAGCUCCGAGGUGGAACCGAGUACACUAAUUGGUUUAUAUCGUAAGAAUCAUGGUAUCGAAUUUUACCUAAUCCUGGCAAAAGGUAAAGAAAUGAAGAACCUUGAUUUCGCGAUAUUAGAAGAUUAUGGAAUAAGCCAUCAAACGCAGAGAAUAGAAACGACCGGAAGUAACUAUUAUUCGAACAUGUACCCCAGUUGCAGACAACGUUGCGGCCACCUUCUCCAAUGGGUUUAUAACUGAAAAAUGAUGUAUUAUAUUUCCCGAAGCCUUUUAAUACCACAUUGUAUUUCUGUAGUAAGAAGUCAGCGUACUUUGCAAGAAUUUUGACAUUUUCAAGUGUAAGAUUUAAGAAAAAAUAAAGGUGUUUUGUUGACAUGAUGUUAUAUUUUGUUUGCCAGUUUUUGUACAAAGGCUUUUCAAAAUUCUUAACAAAAUCUCACCUUUUUUGUUUUCGUUAUCAGCAGUUUUAUUUUCAUGUGCCUAGCAAUAAUUGCCCUAUAGAAGCUCAAGCACUUUCUCUAUGUAAACAACUGGAAUAUUAGGCAAACAGAGCUGCAGCUGAGUAAAAGGGCAAAAGUGUGAUUCUUUAGGCUCAUAGGUAGUUGUCCAAGCAAAAAUUUAUGGGCCUGCGUUUUUUAGUGAACUGUGUGAUGCAUUACAAAAGAUGUAUUGAAGUGUCCAUUAUGCUUUGUAGCAUUUUGCAUCUCUUUCUUCAGGGUAUUCAAAACAGCUUACUAAGUUUCUUGCAUUUAUUUUGGUACCUUCCUUCUUUUUAUUUGAUGCAUUGAGGUCAAAGUAACUGCAUUUUCAUACUCCUUCACCUUCCUUUAUGACUCUGAAUUUUGUUUGUAAUGGUGUUGCUACAGUAAUUCUGCAUUCCAUGGGCAGCUGUGUUAUCAGUUGUAAUCUCCCUCAUAAUCACUUCCAUGACUCCUAUAACAGUUCCAAUACACAGGUACACUUGUAGAGUAAGUUUGAAUCUGAUCUCUGACUCCUCAAGGAGGUCAAACUGACUCAGUUGAUUACUCUAUGGUGUAUUGAUAUGGAGCUGCUGGGGUUGUCAGGGCUUCUUUAAAGCAAUUUCCUAUUUUGUAACAGCCAUAUUGGUGUACUUCAAACUAUGAAAUAGGUGACCAUGCAUGUUGUUGUAGCAAGCCAAUCCUGUGGGAGUUUAACUCUUUCCGAGGAGGGUGGGGGGUCCUCAACAAAAUUUUGGACAGAAAAGGUAUCACUUUAUACCUAUUAUUGGCAAAUGUAACCCCUUUCAAAUGGUAGUUUAUGUUCUGUCUUUUAAAUAUCAAUAAAUCACUAAGCCAGAAAGUUUUCGUGUCUCUUACACAGCUAUAAAAUCUGCCUGUUAGCUCUUUUAGGUCCUUUCAUAGUCUGCAAUGACUGAUUUCCCUACCGUUUUCAUUUACAUCAAGUAGUGAAAAAUCCUGAAGGCUGAAGAAGGUACCCCUUUCUGGUGGAGCCUGAUCCCCGUAUAGGACAUUAUAGGGAGUACCCCUCCCCCCUCACCCCGGGACUCUUUUUAAAGAAAACACUUCUACAUGUUACAGUAAACUGACAAUGCCACUUGUUAUUCAUUUAGUCACCAUGUAAAUAACAUGUUCCGAAUGGCUUUAGUUUCAGCGAAAGAAGAUGGUCCUUAUUACACUUACCUGGGAGCAGCACCAAACAUGAGUACCCUUAGAGAUGUCUUGGAACAAAGGUAAAGUGCUGAAAUUGCACUGGGUCUGUGGCCAGAUUUAUUAUGAUUGCUAACACCCGCAUUUAUAUAAGUGGGCCUCUUCAUUGUAAAGGUUCUAAUCAACACAGGUGCAGAUGCUCAAAUUCAUUUAUAAAAGUCAGCUACUUUUGGCCUAUAUGCAGUUCAAAAGGUUUUUUUAAAAGUUCCUUUUCUGGGAAGGGUGUUUUGGCAUAUUUUAAUACCAUCAUAUUCAUUUUAUUUUUAAAGAUGAAUCACUUAGUUAAGCAGUCAUUUGUGUUGAUCCAGAUGGGUCUGUUCUAGAAUGGGACUGAGAUCAUGGAGAUGGGAGUCUAGAUGUGCUCCACUCAGGGGUCCUAUGUCCUAUGCUCUGGAGAUCUAAAAUCUGGAUACUCUCUUUUUUUCACUACACCCUGGAAUUUUAACGGACCCCCCCCCCCACGAAAUAAUGACCCAGCCCCCAAUGGGAAUUACUAAGGACAUUAUAUGAAGUCUUACAUGAGGUAGCUACUAUAAAAAUUUGCAAUCAUCGUUUUGAUGCCAGAAAUAAUCUUUGUCUGCAAAUUAUGUCAGUGACUAAAUACGUACUGAGAGUAAGAAAAAUUCAGGUUUUGAGCAAAAAAUUGGCUAAAUCUCAAACUAAGGCACAGAAAAGCUCGGGCUUGGUGACCCAUACUGGAGAGUGGGAAAUUGGUGCUGUAUCCAGGAGAGUUGGCAUUUAUGCUAAUGGGGUGAAGACAAGGGUCCUUGAGAAAUUUCAAAAUGUGGCUCAAGACAAGAAGAUUUAUCUCAUUCGGCUCCAUUUACGUGUAACACAGAUUGAAGAAAAGAGACAAAUAAAUACAUUUACAUAAGCAAAGAAUAAAAAUUGUAGUCUCAAGAUAAGGAGCAAGUUGGGAUCAUCCAAAAUGGCAAAGGCUAAACCCUGGGGACGAGGUUGCUUGCUCUGCAAACUUGCAAGGCAAGCUUGUUUGUCUCGGCUAUUUUCACAGUAAGAAAGAUCCACUUUAUUGGCCUUUGAAAAUAUAUAUGCAACUGAGGAAUCGCAGGACCUUCUUUUCAGAUGAAGAUUUUGAAACUUUAAUCUAUUUCUUCAAAUAUCCCUUUUUCAUUACCAGAUUCUCUAUCAAAGGCUCAGCACUGAGAAUUGAAUUGGUGAGUAUUGACAGUCAACACUCAAAUAAUGCAAUAUGGCUCACUUGCAGUUGUCAAACAGGGGAUACAUGUAUUUAUUUCUUUGAUACCAUUUUGUCAAGCUUGUAUUUGAUUAAUGCAAAAGUUCUGAGUCACUGCCUUAAGGCAAGACAUUGAUUCAAGAUAUGAAACAAUUCAUGUCAAAAAAUUAAACUGCGAGACGUUUUUAUUUACAAUAUAAAUGUUUCAAAUCUGUUUACUUUUUUAGAUUGGUUAUACUGGUAAAGAAGGAAAAAACCACCUUGGUUGUCCAAUUGCAAGAUGGGUGAGUCACCUCUUUGAUGACUGUCAACUUAAAUUUUUUUUUCUGCUGCAAAAAUCCACGAAAAGAAACUAGUUUUAGUAGCAGGCUUCAUUAGCUAAAGGUCGGGCUAAAGGUGUGUAAAUCUAUUUAUUAAACAACAAAAAUAGAAAGCCAAAGACAUCGAAAGUGUCGAACAAAAGUUGCAUGCCGUAUUUUUGGGGUUGUGGUUUUUCAGGUAUUAAAAUGUUGCUUUUUUGUUUGAUUUCUUUCUUUUAUUAAGUGUUAAUGGAUGCUGAAAAUAACGGACCAUUUGUUUUAAAGGUUUUUAAGGUUAAAAGAUCCAUAACGGCCACGAGACGAGACACAUAAAAUACGUCCGUAAUAGCAAAUUGUGACCAACGUUUUGUCCUAGGGAAUCCAUUUCCUGAAAAAAUAAAGACCUCAAUAAGAGGAGAGUUCUCCAAGCCUUCCUACUUCAAGUCACUAGCCAGCCUUUGCCCCGCCCACCCCACCCCCAAUUUUUUUCAAUGAUCCCAGCACAGAGAGCGUGUAUGGCCACUUUGCUAAUUCCAAUGAAUUCUUUAUCGUUGGUUUUUGUUAUUAAUCAGGUUAUUCGUCGUUCCGGUAAGGAAGAGAAGAUAUUGGUCCUGGCGAAAAAGCGAGUUGAUCACGUUUGUGAAACGUCCCUGAUUGUAACUAACAUAGUGUUAUGGGAAGGUGUUAACCAGGCGAGAGCGGAUAAUUUGUAUAAGCACCUUAGCACUGUUCUACCACAACAUGGUGUUCCUACUGCCAGACGAUGCGGAAUAAACGAGACGUAAGAAUACAUACUUUAUAUACAGAAACCAUUUCGGAAAGCACACAAAAUAGAACUGAUGAAAUUCUCGUUCGUUUGUUGAUUCCUUGGAAUACUUGGAAGACGGAAGACCUGAGUUCAAGUCGCGCUGCAUUUGUGUUUCCGGAUUUGUGUGAAUAGUCCAUUUCCCAGUUGCCUCAAGCCUCUGUUUCAAAGCGAGGCUAAGUGCGAUGCCAUUGAUACCAAAUCAUGCGGGGAAAUUGACUCAUUUCCACAACAAAGGUUUUGCAAUUUGCCUCGUUUUGAAAGAGAGAGUUUUUGGACUGAAUUGGAAAUUGCUUAUUCAACUCCUCUGUCAUGCUUUGAAAGGUUGUUUUUAUUUUCCUCUUGUCAAUAAUUAUUAAAUUGAGUGCCUGUAAACUAGAUAGCUGGAGCAGCUCAGUGCACUUCCACUCACCAAGGAUUUACCAUUUACCAUUUUUAUUGCACUGCAGCAAAUCAUGUGCCUGUCAGGGGACAAGUGAUGAUACUUGUGGUGCGUCCUUUUCUUUUGGCUGCUCCUGGAGCAUGUUUUAUAAUGGUUGCAAGUUUACUCGUAGCAAAUCUCCGCGCAAGUUUAAAUUACUUGAUCCUUCCAAGGUAGGUUAUUAUUCAACUUGCACUGCUCUAACUUUUCUUUAAGGGCCCUUUCUCUGAUCAUUUGUGGGAAUUAGAAAACAUUUUAUAUUUUUGAUAUGAACUCAAUGUCAUAAAACACGUACACGCGGCUACAUUGCAUGUCCCGAACUCCUAAAAUAAAUAGAUUUACAGUUAAGUUUUGAAGUUUGUGCCGAAGACGAAAGCAACCUCGCUAAGCUCAUGCGCAAAUGUUUUUUGUACGCCUUGUAAGAAGGUAAAUCAUUUCUUCCCACUAAUCAGCUGUUGUGAUAAUUUUCCUUUUGCUUUUUGUGUUCAUAGGAGGAAGAAUUAGAAACAGUAAUGCAAAACUUAGCGACUGACUUAUCCUUUGCGUACGAGAAGAUUGCUCCAGAGGCCUUUAACAACCAGGUGAGAUAGCAGAUAGUUAAAGACGGCUCAGUAUCCAGGUCAUGUAAUACGACUGAAGCUUACUGAUCCGGUUUAUGUGGCUUGAAUAUCCUCAAAAUGGUAUUUAUCCAUCGAAAGGGAGGCUAGCUGUUGGCAAGGUUAAUCCUGCGUACACUGUAGUUUCUUACUGGUUGUGGAUAGAGAUUUAUCUGCCCUGGGUUUCAGAGACUUGUUUAGCGGUUUCCCUUCAUUCUGUCAAGUCUUUCGCGCCGCUCUUAGCUUGGCCGACCCCGAAAUAUUCCACCGAAAUUAAAAAAAGUUGUGGUAAGCAGGGUAACAUGUGUCCACUGGGUUGCCAUGUCGUCGCACCUUUGUAUCAACCAGAUAUGAAAGGCUGUAUCGAGGCUGGGCCAAGACUCAAGAAGAUCUCCGAUUCUGAGUGUUAUUUUAUUCAACUUCUUCGUUAGCAAUGGUCAUUACCAUUUUAAUACUAAAAUUCAGGUAUAUCCGUGACUUAAUAGAACUUCGUGAAACGGGUCUUUGGUCAAGAGCAAUAUAGCUCUUGCUCUGGUCCGUCGGUGCAAGAAUGAUUACCGUAAAUCAUUAGUCGCCAUAAGUCGGGAAUUUCUUGUGAUGCAAGUUAAAGGUGACGCGUUUCUUCUUUUUUGUUUGUGUGUUUCUUUAUAUGAACUUUGCGUGCUUCUUUGUCAGGUCAAACAAGAAAAGGAAGGACUCGAGUGCCGCAUUGGAAAUGGCGAGAAGCGACCAUUUUCAGGGGUCACCUGUUGUGUGGACUUUUGUGCGCAUAGCCACAAGGAUCUGCGUAACAUGGAUGGCGGAGCGACACUGGUAAACACAAUCUUUAGUUUUAUUUUUAUCUUUUUGUUUUCAAGGCUGUAUCCUGUUCGGAUGAUUUGACAUCUUUAAUGUCCGUAGUGUUAAAUUUUGACGUAAACAUUAGAUUUACUUUUGAGCAUGACAUUUAUGUUUGUUAGGUACUAAAGGAUGCAAACGUUAAACAAUAACCAAAAGUGGAAAAUCCCUAGCCACUUGCAGGCCCAGUUUGUUCAAACGUUGGAUAACGCUAUCCAUCGGAUAAAUCAUGCAAAGAUGGACUUUUUCGUAAUAACCGUUUUCUUUUUGACAGGUUUGCACCAUCCUGAAGCCAGAUUCUGAGAACUCAGAAGAUGAACAGCUCCACGUUCUGCCGUUAUAUCGCUUACUGGACAAAAAUGGAAACCCUGUGAAACCUAAUUAUGUCAUGCCUAGCCACUUUCUUGACCCUCCUGUGGGGGUAUCACCUGGUUACUCAACUGUGAAUGGACAGGAAAACUCUCCAAAACACCCAGCUAACAAGGCAGUGAAAAACCAGGAACACCGUAGAGAAGAACGAAAAGAAGUGUUUCACGAUAUAAACAACAAUCAGACGUUUGUCCCUUUGGAUGGGCGUCACAUCCCUCAUGGACAUGCGCAAUCGGUACAUGGCUUUCCCACUUCUGUCAUCCACCAUCACCCAGCUUCCAACCACGUGAUGAGCAACUGUUACAAUGGACGGUACCCUCCUCAAGGUUCCUCAUUAUUUCAGUACCAUCCUCAUCUUGGCAAUAACUACGUUUUGAAUCACUGCCAUGCGCCAGAAGUGCACUGGGUUGACGAGAACCACAUUCCGUAUUUGUACCGCAAUCCCGGACACGUAAAUUACUUUCAAAGUUCGGCGCUUGGUUACGUUGACGAAAGAAAGGUUCCAUUUGUAUCCGGGCCUUGGAACUGUCGAAUACCGUUCGAUAAAUCCGUUAGUAUGAGCUGCUCAUCGACAAACCGUGUCACGGAAUACGCUAAACCAAAGACUGUGAUUCAUCACUUCAACGGUGCCUCUCGGGAAAUGGGGAGAACGUCACAAAUCAAAUGGGUGGAUGACAAAGAGGUCCCACUCAUGAGAGCAUCGGGUAUUGCAUCUUUUGACGAAAAUGGGAAUGUGAAAGAAGAAGCGGUAAAUCGUAAAAAUGAGAAAGAUCUGUUCAAUUUUGAGCAGGCGAAAAGGUCUUUCAGGAUUGAAGAAGAAAUGGGAGGAGUAGCAAUCGCUCUUGGCCAUGGGUCGUUGCUUAUUGAGGUUGCUAAGAAAGAGCUGCAUGCCACGACUCCUUUAAAGAAGCCCAAACGGCAGGAUCCUACACGCAUUAGCCUUGUAUUUUAUCAACAUAAGCACAUGAACCUCACGCUUCACGGCCUUAAUGAAUGGGAGCAGAAAGUGGCAAAGAAGAAAAUGGAGGAAGAAGCUGUCAAUAUGGAGUCUGAUCCCGCUGAAAAAGAUGCUUUUGCCUUUCAACCAAACGUUGAAGAACAACGAGAAGUAGGAUACUUAGACAUGCUGGCAGAAACAGCUCUGUCAAGAGCGGACAAUGAACCUGGCAUCGUAAAUAGCUACGUUUCUAAAGCGGGUCGUUAUUCUGUCCAGUCCCCAUCGAUGAAUGGCAACUCUGUAAGGCCAGGUAGCGUCAGUGAAACCUCAGUUAAUCGAACCUUUAGUUUAUCAGAUCACCAUCCUUCCACCCCGAUACAACUAGGCAACUCAGGAAUGAAUUUUGUAGGUGGAAAUUACCCAUCUAAAGGUCUUCCAAGUAAUAAUGUGGAAGAAAACAGAUCGAUUGGCGUUAACGGAGAAAUUACCACUGGAUGGUCUUUGGGAGGAAAUGAUCAAAAUAAACAUUUUCAUCUGUCUCCAAAGGCGAGACGUCCAGACCAUUUGUUGAUGCCCUCUUUUGACGGUUCUCAAAACAAUGACUUGUCACCAACUACGAGAAAUCAGACUUGGGGAUCUUCUCCCCAUGUUCAUCACAGCGGUGGUGGACUCAAAAACCCCAGUUUGUCUAGUAGUUUCUCAAGAGUCAGUAGCAAGGUAGAUGCAGAUCAUGUCUCAUCUGGUGCAAAUUCCGGUUUGAAUCGUGUAGAGUUGUCAUCAUCACAAGACGAAGGACUGAAAUGUUCGUCUUUUUCGAACGGAAUGAUUCCUAAUAAAGUUACCAACACCGAGGCGUCUGUAGUAAAGUCACGCGAUGAACGAGGAAGUACUAGCUCUAAUUUCAGUGUUUUGAGACUUUUAGGAGGUGAAAAUAUCAAGGAGAACAAGUCCAAUACCGCUUCAGCAUCAUACAGGAUAAGUAACAUCCUUGGAGAUGAGAGAUCUUUGUCAAGACCGCCGCCCGGUGAAAGCAUUGUUGAGAAACCUUCGCAUUCCAAUACACGUGAAAAAGAUCGUGGUGUCCCUGUGAUGUAUUCCAAUCCUUCAGAGCCGUCAAUGCAACUUUCCGCUUCCCCGAGAAUUCCAUUUUUACCGCCAUUUCCACUCUCUCCAGGAGAAGGUAACAAGCUUAGCAGUGGUCCGGAGAGGUCUUACCUAGACCUUUCGAUGGCGGCCAAUCGCUUGUUCGGCGGCUACAGUCCAUACAAAUUUGGUGUACCUUUCCCGACGUUUCCAAGCUUUUACAUGCCUCCUUUUCAUCCACUUUUCGCUGCCAGAAACGGCCUUUCAUCAAAUCUUGCUCUUGUAAAUUCGCAGAACUAUUUGUCAUCUUUUAUGGAUUCUGCAAAGCGGAUAGGUAGCACGAAUGGAAUAGACCAUGCAUCGCUAACAACCAUCUCAACUGCCACACGGACUGGAGUAAGUUAUCCUAUUGACACGCUUAUUACUGUAGCUCCUUACACACAAACAUGUGUCACAGGCCACUACCAGAACUGGUUCUGAUAUGCCACAGGAUGCUUUUUUAAUGAAGCUCCCGGGAUUUCACACUUGUAUGAAGGCCCAGAGCUUAGCAUUAGCCCCGCGUAGAACGGACAGAGAAAAAGGAGCCUGCUUUUCUGGAGCAUUGUUUAGAAAGUUUGGGAUUUUGCAAGGGAAGAUUUGUGUUGAAUCGCAAAGACAGGUUCUUAUUUUCAAUGGGGUUUCGUUCAUAGCCUUGCAUUUUUAGCGUUCUGUGUAUUGCACAGUACCAAAAGAGCAGGUUUAGGAUAUAUCUUGAUAUUUUAAGUAAUCCUCUCAUACUUUAUAGUUCCAGAUAGCUCUAUUUUGGGCUAUUUUGUCACAUUAGUUCACGCUAGUUUUGGCUAUUCAGUUAGAAGAAAGAACGAAUUUGAUAUAAAAUGCAAAUGUGGUUCUUGUUAAUUUAUGAGAAGUACGAAGAUCAAUCAAGACGUGACUAGAAAGUUAUAGAGAAAUAAGACGUCCGCAAAUCUUUUAUGCCGGAUAUAGCGGCUUUUCUAGAUUAAUAAGUCCAGAUAUUCGAACUAGGAUUUAGCCCUCAAACUAAAGGGACUUGUAUUUGGGAAUGUUUCGAACAAUUUUAUGAACCUUCUUUUCGCUGAAUUAAUUGUUUCUUGUGUUAGGUCGUGUGGCUACUUUCAGGUUCUUAUAAUGAAUGGCCAAAAUGUAGCACGAUACCAUUAUCUUUUUUUCGACUUUGCUUGUCGUAUCUAUAUAUAUUUAAAUGCUAUAAUCUAUGUGAUUAGUAUAAGAAGACUACAAGCGUUGUACAGUUAAGUGCCUUUUUACUUUGAAAUUAUAUCAUAGAAUACAUCUUCAAAACGCAAACAAUUAAGUACUAGAUGAAAUCGCGACUAAGAGUUAAAAAUUAGCCGAAAUUUACGUAGAAGAGGCCUUUCGUUGGCAUAAAAACGGCAAACAAAAUUCCAAUUCAUACGAGUUUGGUGUAUAGUAUUGCAGUCAAGUUACUCCUAUUUGUUCUUAUAAAUUUUAUGAUACAAUAUUAUGAUAUUUAUCUAUCAAUGCAGUUUUUGGAAGUGUGUAACUGCAAAAGUUGGAUGUAUAAGAGUUAAACCUACUGAGAAAGCAUUUCUUUUUUUGAUGUCUUACCAAUUGCCUUGUGGCAUAUUCAUUUAAGCUUCCUUGAAUGGUCACCUGUGUUAACAUACUGUCAACAUUAUCGCAGAAAAGUACAUAUGUACUUAUGAAGUCAUUUAGUCGUCGAAGCAUAGCCCUCCCUGGUCAGACUAGUAUUUCACCAACGUGCUCGAUUGAAUAACCACACUCAAGCACUUAUUAAAACUUCUAACCACCUUGUACAACACAAAAGAGAGUAUACAUGUAAUAGGAAAGUACUGCCCAGUGGCUUUCCUUUGAACAAUCACGUCUUUUAUGCGCCAAAUUUAAAGCUAAAAUCACUUACACGACUUGACAAUGGUGUAAGCUAGUGUAGGAGAAGGGAUUGGACGUUGCCUGUGGCAUCAUGAAGUGAAAUCUGAUUUGUCACUCAAUAUAUAGUCAGGGUCAAUUAACUCUGAAUUUAUUGAAUACUCUUUUAAUAAUUUAUUUAAGCCUCAAUGAGAGAUUAUUCCCAAGCUAUCAGCCCUUAACUUUCUCUUAAUCGGUACAACAUCUUGUCAGUAGAAUUAUAACUCUUUUCACGUGAACUCUUUAGUAUUGCAGUAUAUUUGGGGAUUUGUUGAGACUUUAGAAGAGAAUUGUUAUCUCAAUUUUGGGGCUUAAAUCAAUUGGAAUUUUUAGUUUUAAUAUAAAAAAAUAUUUGCAGACAUAGAAAUGUUAUGAAAUAUUCAUUUUAUUUGGAUAUAUUGGCGUGUACAAAGUCACACAGCCUCAUUGAUUGUACGAUCAAUCGGUUUUAAUUCAGAAUGUUUUUUAGAAAAUCACUGUUUUAGUUAGGGCAGAUAAACCAUCUCUCUACUGAAGGAUUGAUGUAAUUAGAGUGAAACGGAGAAAAGAAAACAUGUAAUGGCUGUUAUUUUAUUCGCUUGUUAUGUGUGCUUAUUGUGCUGACGGAAACCCUAUCCUUGGUCCAGGAGACCCAGGGGUAGUCAGUCGGGUCGGCCGGGAAGAGGGGGACAAAAGUUUCUCAGGCACGGGCGACCCGACUCACUCCCUUUGGGUCUCAGAGGAUGACGGAAACGACUGCGAGCGGCACUAAGUGAGGGGUGUCUGCCUUAAACCAAGUCAAAGAAAAGGACUGAAGAAUCAAUCAAUCAAUCAUUUAUUUUAACACGUUAC